AUGGACCAGUCGCGAAAGACAUGCGUAACGGCGGCUGCGGCUUUCAAAACGGUCGACAUCUACCACAGACUGGUCGAAGCGGGCGUAAACGUUAUUGACAUCGACCCAAGUCAAUUCCCCGACAGCGAUGGCCCGGCCCCGGGACCGGACGUGCUCGACGGAGAGGUGACCUACAAGCCCAGCCCCUUCGUACCAGGCAAUAUCCGCAACAGGACGGGUAAUCUGGAGCUCCUUCGCAGAGUGCGAAAGAAGGUGACCGUGAACUUCCAGGCGGAGCCCAGAGCAUUCCAGCUAGUUCUUGGGGGCGAGUGCUGCAUGCUGCCAGCCAUUCUUUCCUCUGUCAAGCAAGAGUACCAAGACUCUACUAUUGGUCUCAUCUAUAUCGACGCAGACACUGAUCUGCACUCACCUUUGGACGACGAUUAG